AUGAAUAAAGAUAUAUUUAUAAGUUUAAUAUUUAAAAAUAAAAUCAUAAAUAAAUAUAUAUUUGAUAGAGUAUAUGAAAUCAAUAGAUUAUAUCAAGAUGAGAAUCAAUGUUAUAAAUGGAGUACAAUUAUUAAAUCACCUAAUUUGAUGAUUACAUUCGGUUAUUUCGGUAUCUUAAAGAUAUUCUAUGAUAAAAAAAUAAAAUCUAUUUUAUCAAAAUCAAGAUAUAAUUUUCUUUAUGGUCAUGGUAUACAAUUCAUGGAGGCAGCAAGAGUCGGUAGAUUGGAUAUUCUCAAGUACUUGAUCAAUAUAUUCAAAAUCAAUGAGAGAAUAAAGGAAGAUCGAUAUGAAAAAGAAUUUCAAACAAUCCUAAUUAAAGCAAUUUAUCUCAUUGAAUCGGUGGAUUAUAAAUGGGAUUAUGCUAGAGCAUAUACCGAAUCACCAAAAUCAAAGAAUGUAGCGAUGGUCGAAUAUCUAGCGAAUAAAUACGAUAAUCAUUCGGAUCAAAAAUGUAAAGUUUAUAUAUUUGAUAAAGCUGGAAAAUAUGCAAAUACCGACGUAAUUCAAUGGCUGAUCACCAACAGACCAGAGGAAAGAAAAAAUAAUAGAAUGCUCUAUUUGGCAGUGUGCAAAGAAAAUCUGGAAGUGGUCAGAUAUAUUUUGCAAUUGGAUUCACCACUUGACUCUAAAUCACAAGGUUUAUAUGCACAUGCAGCAGCCAAAAACAAUUUGGAAAUCAUGAAACUCUUACAUCAGUAUAAUAUUCCAAAAGACACAACAUCAUCUUCUGCUCUUGUUUCGUUGGCGGUGGAGAACAACAAUCUUGAAAUGAUGAUAUGGGUUGCAGAGACCUUUACUGACGCACUACGAUAUCCGAAGAAGUUGAUGGAAACUGCGACAAAGAACAACAAUCUUGGAAUGGUUAAAUGGUUAGCUGAGAAUACAUCAAUUCAGUAUCCUGAUAAUCAUCAGUACUGCUGCAAUGUAAUGAUCAAAUGGAUCUUUGAGAAUCGAGUUGAAAUAUAUCCAAAAGGUUACAGUCAGCAAAGAUAUCUUCAAAUCAAAAGAUGGUUUUGA